CUUCCUGAGAAAAUUUCAGGAUCGAUUCAACUACCAAAGACGAUAUUUUUUCUUCUGGACUCUGUAUAAUCAAUUCUUCCUCCUUUCUUUCAGCGAAGGAAAAAUGGGGCAACAGCAAUCGAAAGGGAAAUUGCUGUUUGAGCAAGUGAGCUACGGUAACUCUGAAGGGAUUCAAUCUCUUCAUUGUGAAGGAGCAGACCUCGAGUGGAUGGAUAGAGAAGGGAAAACGCCUUUGAUCAUGGCUUCCAUGAACUCUGAGCUUUAUGCCGUCGCCGAGACUUUGAUCGAGUUAGGCGCUAAUGUCAAUGCUUAUUGUCCAGCUCGCCAUGCAGGGACUCCUCUGCACCAUGCUGCUAAAAGAGGUUUUGAGACUACCGUUAAGUUACUUCUUUCCCAUGGUGCAAAUCCACUUGUUCUCAAUGAUGAUUGCCAGACACCACUUGAGGUCGCUAGAGUCAAAGGGUUCAGCAAUGUUGUACGUGCCAUUGAGAGUCACAUCUGCUUAUUCUCUGGUUGGAUGCGUGAGUUUUACGGCCCUGCCAUUCUUGAUUUAUUUGCUCCUCAGCUUCUUUCAAGAAAAGUAUGGGUAGUCAUUGUACCAACUGGUUCAAGAAAUCCUGCAAAGCCUUUCAAGUUGGAGCUGGUUAUAUAUGCUAGUUUGCAGGAUGCACAGCCACGCGCAGUGAUGCCGUUGUGGAAAGCAAACUUGGAGGAACCAAAAGCAAAGCAGUCUGAUACUUCAGUGAUUAUUGUCGAGAACUCCACAAUUCCAAGACGCAGGAGGCAGAGAAGAAAACGUAGGCAUCAAGUAGUUAGGCAAAUACGUCUUAGACUCGCUCCAUCCAUUGAAGGUGACGAACAGCAGCUUAAAUGGUUUUGUGAUGCAUGUAAAGGAAUUCCUCAGACAACAUAUCCUUCAAACUUUCUCCAAACAGCACCGUCUGCGCCGCCACUUCAUCAUGCUAUGAGUGAGACACCAAAUGCCAAUCACCAUUCCAUUGAUGAAGCAAGUUCCUCAACAACACCACCUCCUCCUCCUCCUUCCUCAGGGAAAGCAAGCACCUCGGGUCUCAAUAGCCAUGAAAGUGUUAUUGUACAUGAACCUUCACCAUCAGCUCCUCCAUUGACAGAUGAUGAUGAUGUACAAACCUUAGCGGAUGGUCCAGUUCAUUACCCAACAAUCGAUUCAACACCUGUAGAUGUCUCAUCUUCGUCUCCUCUACCACCUUCAGCAGAGGGUGAAAAGAAAGAAGACGGGAGCGCUGGACAGUGUUCUGUAUGUCUCGACGCUCUAUCGGAUGCGGUUUGUGUCCCGUGCGGACAUGUAGCGGGAUGCACGUCGUGCUUGACUGAGAUCAAAUCCAAGAACUUGGGAUGUCCGGUCUGUCGGGCCAAGAUCGAUCAGAUCGUUAAAGUGUACCGUGUCUGAAAUAGAUACAACUCACAUGGGAUGAUCUCUCUCAUUCAUUGUGUUGUGAGAUUAAAGCUUUCUCAACCAUUGCAACUAUCUUUCUCUAUUAAUCAACCAAGAUCAAGAACCAUGUUUCUCUGUGAUUGUUAAACAAUACUUUUAUACAUUGAAUUUUAAAACAGUACAUAUGGUUUUGUAUGAAAGAAGAAUGUAAAAAAGUAUGCGUACCAUAUUCUAUUGUAGUUUACAAUUGAUUGUAUCAAUCAAAUAUAUCUAUCUAUAUCUAUCACAUAUGUAUUAAUU